GCUGCCAGUCUUCGUCGGACCAACCUGGGAGCAGUAUCAGUCCUGCGGCUUUAAAAACAUAUCGGGAUUAUUUGGCGUUAAAACUUGGAUACUGUUCGACAAUUCGUUUUACUGCAACAACAAGCUCAACAAUAUUGGAAGUGCUCACAGCAGCCUUUGAACUGAGGCCAGGAGUGUGCCCUGCUCUCCAGCCAAACGACUCCUCCUUCUCUCUCCCGUCUCCUCCAAAGUGACACACUUUUUUUUGUUGCUGUCAAGGACACUGAUUGCACGUGAAUCUCAGGGAGACAGUGGGAGUUCAUCUGACUCUCAAGUCCUAUAAAUCUCAGGAAGGAAUAUCUCCCUUUACAGGAGCUAAACAUGGGGAACCAGUUAACAGAAAUCGCCCCCAACCCCCCGUUCCUCCCCAGCUUCCAGUCUUUACACAUUGUGGUGAUUGGUCUGGACUCUGCAGGGAAAACCGCCCUCCUCUACAGACUCAAGCUGCGGGAGUUUGUGGAGACGAUCCCCACCAAAGGCUUCAACAUGGAGCGGAUUAAAGUGUCCAUGGGGAACUCCAAAAGCAACAGCACCACGUUACAGGUGUGGGACGUGGGCGGCCAGGACAAACUGCGGCCCCUCUGGAAGUCCUACACCAGGAGGACAGACGGGCUGGUGUUCGUGGUGGAUUCUGCCGAGUCGGAGCGCAUGGAGGAGGCCAAAGUGGAGCUGCACAGGAUCGCCCGGUCCGCAGAGAACCAGGGGGUGCCGCUGCUGGUUCUGGCAAACAAACAGGACCUGGAUGGAGCCGCUUCAGCUGCAGAGGUGGAGAAGGUUCUGGCUCUCCAUGAGCUCAGCUCGUCCACCCUGCUCCACACUCAGGGCUGCUCUGCGCUGGACGGCCAGGGCCUGCAGCCCGGCCUGGAGAAGCUGUACGAGAUGAUCCUGAAGAGGAAGAAGAUGCUCCGAAACAGCAAGAAGAAGAGAUGAGGCGGAGGCUCCAUAGACGUUACUUUUUGAACCGCUACCUGUCUGAGGGCCUUCUCAGCAGACCCAUCUGACACUUUUGGAACUUAAGCAAGUGAAACCAGAGGGAUGUCUCCAACCAAGAUCAAGGUUCUCCAGUCUGUUCCAAACACCUUCCUUCACUCUGGACAGUGGACAGAGCUGCUUCCUUUGGGACAGGGUCUGCUCCUUAGCACUCCCCCCUCUCCCCUCUCCCACCCUUAAAGGGGCACGGUAUAGAGCUUCAGCUCCAGAGGGGGCUCAGAGGAAAACGUGCAAUGUAUAUGAACUGAUGCACUCACUGCAAAAUUGAAUAAUAUUUGAACCCCUGCUUGUAUAAACAGUAGAGGCAACAGAAAGCUGCAGGCCUGGUCUGAUCAGAGCUCCUGUCAACUUUCAAUGUCACACUUUACUACAAAUCCCUAUGUUGCAUGACGUUCACCCAAAUAUCUGCUUGGGAAUAUUUAGACAACGCUUUUGUUGAUCAAAAGAAGACUAUUUAGUUUAGUAACCGCCCUGUUAUAUAAAUGUCAUUGGGACUGUAGUUGACAUGUGCCACCAGCGUGACGUUUACAGCCUGCAGACGCGCAAGUUCACAGUGUUUCUCACUCCUCACCAAAGUUAUUUCUGCCUGUCACAGUUCGGUGUAUUUCAGGGUUGGCUGAAUGGUUGGUUGGUAAAUUCAAACAAGACAUAGUUUUUAUAUUGUGUACGUUUUGUAAAGUGUCAACAUGAAUAAAUUAUUGAGUAACUUUGGCAUUA